AUGCCUGUGAAAUGGCCCGCUCUUCGAUCAUUAGCGCAAAAUCGUACAGGCUUUCAGCUGGAUGACGCAGCACGUGCACUGGCCCUGACAUCAAGGACUGUCAACAGUUUUAGUGAGCAGGCACUCGGCAAGCUUCCGGGAAUCGUCGGCAAUGCAGCUUUGGAAGUGGCGAAGAUCGGCAACUCACUUGUUCUUAAUGCCCAAGGCCGAAAAGCACCGGAGCAGCCCAAGAAUGCUGGUUUCAGAAACUAUGCGGAAGCGGCAGUUGUAUCCGGUGCACUUUCUACAGCCGAAGCGGCCAACGACGUAUUUACAGCGUUGGGCUUGCAAGUGCGGAUUCUCCACCCAAACUUGCCCAACUCGCAGGCUCGUGUCAAAAUUUCACGGCAUGAUCCAAUAGGUGCCGCAGACAGCAACACAGCGCAAAGCCGUGUGACACCACGUCAGUUCGUACAAUUCAUGCGGCAAGCUCGGCGUGAAGGCAGGGAAAGUGAGCAAGGAGAUCAGGUCGAGAUAUACAUACAAGAAAUGUCCAAUGCUGGGCGACUACAGAUGAUUCCGUUGUUGUCUUACAGCUUUCAGCACAAGCUGUACGUGGAUAUUGCUCGCCUCUUGGUCUUUGCAUUUCAGAGGUGUCUGAUGACACUGAACGAAGCCUCGGUGUGGGGCCAUACCCUUCAAGUGACGUCCAAAGGUUAUCUGGCACGACAUCUUCCAACAUUGCAGUCCAGCAAAGUUGGCUCUGCUCAACUGGAAGCUGUUGUUGACAUGAUGCUGCAGACGCAACGCUUUCAUCUUCCCUGGCUCCCACGGUCAACGCAGCGACGCCUCUAUAUCAACUGCAUCAUGGUGGUGUUUCAGCUUGUUGAGGACCUUUUGGCCGGUGACGGUGAAGAAAUCCAUUUCAUGGGCCACAAGGUGAAGUUCGAGUUGGAAGCUCAGCCUCUCCAGUUGGUGAAGCAGAUGCUUAAGGAGCAACCUGUUAAGCACUGCCAGAUCGACGAGGCUGUGCUUGCAGAGCUCGUUGACGAGCUGCUGGCUGAUGAGGAGACCAACUUGGUCUGGAUGCCGGACGUCAUCGAGAGCCAAUUGUACCAGAAUGUGAUGAGGUUGCUGAUCCGAAUGACUGAACAUGUAGUUAGCGGGCUCAAGCUCAGCAUCUUGGGACGGAAGCUUGAAAUGUCAAUUCUGUCCACUAUGGACCUCAGGGCGCACGAGGAGUUUGUCCGAGACAAGAGAGCAGAAGCCACUGUCUACUACGAGGAGGAAGAUCCCUUUCUGACUGUCUCUGCGACUGAACUCGAGGAACGGCUGAAGGACUUGGACGAACAACGUCGAGUGCUGACGGCGCUCCAGGAGCUUGGCAGCGCUGACUUUGAUCUCACAGCCGAGGUGCCCAUGAUGAUGCAAGACGGUCCUGGCCUCUUUCAUUAG